GAUUUCAAGCCCACAAAGCCCAAAGAAAGAAGUUGACAUUGUGCUGAAAGGCUACCUUCGUUCCGACAAGCGCAAAUACGGUCGCAUAUAUAUGAAAUCUUCAAAACAAAAAAAAUAAAUAAAAGGAAGCUAGUUGCAUUAGUAAUGUUAGGUGAACCUCUGAAAAGACUUACCCGAGUUCUUACUGUUAAUUCUAGUGUGAAAGUUUCGCCAUCUAUCAAAAGGUUGAAGAUCAGUAGUUCAACACUACCUACAUUGAAAAGCAAUUUUACCACUUUACAGAGUAAAAGUUUAUCAUUGGACAUGUACAAAUAAAGUUCAACAAGUCAAGGACCAGGCUACAGUUUGUUCUUCAUUUAUAAAGCUGCCACAUGGAAGAAUCUGAUCGUGCAGGAUGUGCAAGAAUGAAAAUCUUGAAGAUAGUUUUAUCUUUGUUUCGAUGGAAGAAAUGGUCAGGCGGCGUGGUGAUUACAUCUCUUGCUGUUAUCUUGGUUUUCAGUUAUAGCCUAAUGGGAAACCAGCCACAGAAGAAGCAGUCAGCUUAUGAUUUUUUUAGAAAUUAUCCAGCCAAUAAUUCCGAUGCGAAGGAAACACAUCAGGUUAGAGCUUCCUGGGUAGAAGUAAAGAAAGCAACAAGAUCAUCAAUGCAACCACAUUUCAUUAAUGUUGAAGGACUUAAUGACCUGUAUGCUCCAAACAAUAUUUCCAAGGAAGCGUCAAAGGCCUUACUUGUAUGGGGUCAGAUGCGUUUGCUAUUAUCCAGGUCAGAUGCUUUGGCUGAAACAGCUCAAGGGAUUAAAGAGGCUUCCGUGGCAUGGAAAGAUUUACUGUCUAUUAUUAAGGAAGAUGAAGUGGUCAAGUCUGGCAUCAUCAACAAACCAGGAGAUAACAACUGUCCCUACUCUGUCAGCACUGUUGACAAGACAACAUCAAGCAAUGGUACAGUUCUUGAGGUUCCUUGCGGUCUAGUUGAAGAUUCCUCCAUUACAAUAGUUGGCAUUCCUGAUGAGCACAAUGGCAGCUUUCAAAUUGAACUUCAUGGCUCCCAACUUUUGGGAGAGAAUAACCCUCCUAAUAUCUUGAAUUACAAAGUAAGCGUGCCUGGAGACAAUAUGACAGAGGAGCCUUUUAUUGUUCAAAAUACAUGGACGAAUGGACAUGGUUGGGGCAAAGAGGAAAGAUGUCCUGCUCGUGGAUCUACUCACAACCCAAAGUCAAAAGUUGAUGGACUUGUUCUUUGCAAUGAACAAAUUGUCAGAAGCACUGUGGAUGAGCAUCCAAAUGGGAGUCAUCCUGGUAGCGACAUACAAGCUAAUGUUUCCCAAGGGAGUGCUUAUGCAAGUGUUAAUUUCCCAUUUUCUGAGGGGAAUCCUUUCACUGCUACAUUAUGGGCUGGUUCAGAGGGAUUUCAUAUGACUGUGAAUGGAAGGCAUGAAACAUCUUUUACAUAUAGGGAGAACCUUGAACCAUGGGUAAUAAACAGAGUCAAAGUGGAUGGUGGCUUGGAUAUCUUAUCUGCCUUAGCCAAAGGCCUGCCUGUUUCUGAAGAUCAUGAUUUAGUUGUUGAUGUUGAGCUCCUCAAAGCUCCUCUAGUGAGGAGGAAAAGACUAGCAAUGUUGGUUGGCGUUUUCUCUACUGGAAAUAAUUUUGAGCGCCGUAUGGCACUGAGAAGGUCCUGGAUGCAGUAUGAGGCUGUACGUUCUGGGGAUGUAGCUGUCAGAUUUUUCAUUGGCCUUCACAAGAAUAGUCAAGUCAACUUUGAGAUGUGGAAGGAAGCCCAAGCAUAUGGAGAUGUCCAAUUGAUGCCUUUUGUCGAUUAUUACAGUCUGAUUAGUUUGAAAACAAUUGCAAUCUGUAUUAUGGGGACCAAAAUUCUCCCUGCAAAAUAUAUCAUGAAAACUGAUGAUGAUGCUUUUGUGAGGAUUGAUGAAGUUCUUUCUAGUCUCAAAGAAAAGGCAGCUAACAGUCUCUUGUAUGGACUUAUAUCCUACGACUCAUCUCCCCACAGGGAUGAGGACAGCAAAUGGUAUAUCAGCGAUAAGGAAUGGCCACAUUCUUCAUAUCCACCAUGGGCGCAUGGUCCCGGGUAUGUCAUCUCUCGAGAUAUUGCAAAAUUCAUUGUUCAAGGCCACCAAGUAGGAGAUCUCAAGUUAUUUAAACUGGAAGACGUUGCAAUGGGCAUAUGGAUUGAAGGAUUCAAGAAAAGUGGUCGAGAAGUGAAUUACAUGAACGAUGAUAGGUUUUACAAUGCUGGAUGCGAAUCAAAUUAUAUUCUUGCUCAUUACCAAAGUCCAAGGUUGGUCUUAUGUCUGUGGGAGAAGUUGCAGAAAGAGCACGAGCCUGCUUGUUGCGAGUAGAACCGAGCAUUCAUUCUUUAUACAUUUCUUCCCCUUUGCAAAAUUUGACAGCUGCUUGUGAUUGGCUACUGGCAUUUUUGGUCUCACUUUGUUCUUUUUUCUUUUUUUGAUCAUUUUGCCAAUGUAAAUAAAACUUUCUGUACGGCUUGUUCAAUGCAUUCAUAUACCUUGACCAAA